AUGAAGUCCAUCACUUCCCUUCUGGGACUCUCGUUCCUCGCAUCCCAAGUCUCAGCUCAUUACAUUUUCCAAUCCUUCACCUACAAGAACAUUCAAUAUCCUCCUUUCGGCUACAUUCGCAUGAACAAUAACUACAACAGUCCCGUCAUCGACCUCGCUAGCAAUGAUUUACGAUGUAAUUCCGGAGGUGAAACAAGUAGUGGAACGCAGACUAUAACGGUAAAGGCUGGUGAUUCUUUCUCGUUCACGGGGGAUAUACAGGUUUAUCAUCAGGGUCCUGCGUCUAUAUAUAUGGCAAAAGCCCCAACGACUGCGGCGGCAUUCGAUGGAUCCGGACAGGUUUGGUUUAAGAUAUUGGAUAUUGGUCCAACUUUUACAAAUCAAGUUGCGACGUGGAAUCUGUACCAAACAUAUACCUAUACUAUUCCGCCCAACCUGCCUAGUGGCGAUUAUCUUCUUCGUAUUCAGCAACUUGGUAUUCAUAAUCCUUACCCAGGAGGUAUCCCGCAGUUCUACAUCGAAUGCGCGCAAAUCACCGUUACGAACGGGGGUUCUGGGACACCUGGUCCUCUGGUUUCUAUUCCCGGAGCCUUCUCAGCCACAGAACCCGGCUACACAGCUAAUAUCUACACAAAUUUCUACAACUACACGGUGCCCGGUCCGGCCGUCUGGGCUUCUCAGGGAGGUGCUUCGGUCUACACGGGGAUAUCGACAGGGAAUAAUGCGGCGACUACGUUGGCAACAAUGCCAGUAGCCACAGGAGUAGGCACCACUACUACCGGGACUGGGACCGCCACCGGAACAAGUGCGACGGCAACCGCUACUGGCGCGCUGGUAUCGAAAUAUGGACAGGUGUUCAGUGUUUGUGAGGAUGAGGAUAAGGAGAUGGAUGAAGAGGGUAUGGAUGUAGAUGGAUGGGGAUGUAUGGGGAUGUAUGGAGAUGAGGAUGAGGAUAAGUAG